GCGCCACUGCUUUUCUGAAACUAAGUAGCGGCCAAAUUCAGCCAGGAUCAGUGAAAUAUUCAGGUUUAAUCCGCUUUUACUUGCUAAAUUGUGGAUUCAACCUUAAAGCAUCUUCUUCCAUUUCCACAAAGAUGUGGAAAGGUGCUGAAGCCAAAGCCACAUGUUCCAUUUGUGCGUUAUACCAGUGAUAGGAAGGAUUCUGGCCUCGCCUCUGAAGGACCUGACUCCAAAGAAAGGUUCCUACCAAGGAAGGAUCCUUGACAUUGGGAGACACUGUGAAGAGGGCUAGUUCUGUAUGUAGAUAUGAAGGGAUCAUUCUCAGCUAAGGAAACACAAUGCUUCUUAGUUACAGGUAACUACACUAAUGAAAAAAUCUUUAUGGAUAUUAUACUCCAAUUCUGCAAACAGAUCCACCUAAAUCCUGCACACUUGUCCUUUGGGAUAUUAGGAAAUAGCAGGGUUCCAUGGGAACAAAAACAAUUGUGUUAAAACCUUAUGUACUAGUUAUGAAGCUGAAUGUAGCUACAUGAAAAUCAUGUCACUGUAGUAGAUUUGAAAGGCUCUGAUUCAUCUUGGAGAAGCUGAAAUGUUUUCUGACUCAUUCAUUACCAUUUUGUUGUGUGUCAUGAGACAUUUUUAGUUUUACACCUCCAACCACCAGGUGGUGCCUCUUUCCUUUGACAUAACUGAUGCAGAUGUCCUUAAGGAGGUCAUUGCAAUCAGCUUCAGGUGCUGCUGCUUUAUGCUGUGGGAGAAGCAUACAGAUUUUAUGAGUGUACUACUGCCAUGCCAAGACACAGCCUUUGUGUGUGCCUUAUUUUGUGGUUUGUACUCUUCUUGGAUUAUUUGAAAAGGAAACAUUUGACAAUGCUGGAUCAGCAAAUGAUUGCAGGGUUUGAGAAGUUUUGAAGAUGUUUUUGUCACUGGCUUCCAUCAUCUCUCUUGUGGCUGUCAUUAUUCCAGCAGCCCAAGGCGGGAAAGUUCUGGUGUUUCCACAUGACGGCAGCCACUGGGUGAACAUGAGGGUACUUGUCGAGGAGCUGCACUCAAGGGGACACACUGUGACUGUCAUACGGGCGGCAGACAGCUGGUACAUCAGUGAAACCUCUCCACACUACAGCACUGUCUCAGUGGAUGUUGACGGGGGUGCAAAUGAGGAUUUCUUCCGCCUCUUUGUCUCUGAAGUUAUUAAAAUUAAACGAAGCAAGGGGUCUGCGUGGGCCCGUUUUGCUUUAGACAUGGAGUUAAAAGACAAGUUCUUUGAACUACACAAGAAAGUCUGUGAAGUCGUUGUGCACUUAUUUGAAAAUAAAGAGUUAAUGAAGUCCUUUAGAGACGCAGAGUAUGAUGUGGUUUUGACAGACCCUGCUAACGGAGGUGGAGUAAUGCUGGCUCAUUAUCUCGGAUUGCCAUUAGUGUUUAAUGCUCGAUGGACUGUUCAUGGUGAAGCACAUUUUGCUAUUGCACCCUCUCCGCUUUCCUAUGUCCCACUUCCACCUUCAGAAUUAUCAGAUCAAAUGACGUUUUUUGAGAGGAUUAAAAAUAUUAUUUUUUACAUCACCAGGAUGCAUCUUUACAAGCAGGUAGUUGGGCCACAUUAUUCUGCAUUGUCCAGACGCUACUUUGGCCCAGAUGUAGACUACUUCUCCCUGUUUCAAGCUGCAGACAUCUGGCUCAUGAGAGUGGACUUUGUGUUUGAGUUCCCCCGUCCCACCAUGCCUAACGUUGUCUAUAUGGGAGGGUUCCAGUGUAAACCUGCCAAACCUCUUCCUGAACACCUGGAGGAGUUUGUGCAGAGUUCUGGAGAGCAUGGGGUCAUCAUCAUGUCUCUGGGGACUCUGAUUGGACAGCUUCCCCAUGACCUCGCUGAUGAAAUUGCUGCAGCUUUUGCUAAAUUACCUCAGAAAGUCAUCUGGAGGUAUAAAGGUGACAGACCAGCCUCUCUGGGCAACAACACAUUAAUAGUCGACUGGAUGCCUCAGAAUGAUCUUUUAGGACAUCCAAAAAUGAAACUAUUUGUAAGUCACGGAGGAACAAAUGGAAUAUAUGAGGCUAUAUAUCAUGGAGUUCCUAUUGUAGGCAUUCCCAUUGUGUUCGAUCAAGCCGACAACCUCUCCAGACUGAGAGCAAAAGGUGUUGCCAAGGUCAUGGAUGUUUCCGAAAUGGAUGAGGAAAUAUUUCAGAAUGUCAUACAGGAAGUCCUGAAUGAGCCCUCCUACAGGAUGAACAUGCAGAGACUCUCCAGGCUGCACAGAGAUCAGCCAAUCAAGCCGCUGGAUAACGCCCUCUUCUGGAUAGAGUUUGUCAUGAAACACAAAGGUGCAGCUCACCUGAGAACAGAGUCCUACAGAAUGCCCUGGUACUCCUACCACUCUGUGGAUGUCAUGCUCUUCUUGGUUGGAGUUGUGCUGAUAAUUGUGGGCAUAUUUGUUGCUUUAAUAAGAUGUUCCUGCUCCAUGUGUCUGAGAAGAAAAACUAAACGUGAUUAAAAAAAAAAAAAAUCCAAAGUAGCAAUCAAAAUUAUAUUAUUUCUGCUAUCAACUGCACUACUUUUUGUGCUUUUUUUUUUGCUGAGAAAAGAAAGGAAAGCAAAGUUCCACAUGACUUAAUGGAUGACAAUCUGGCUGUCAUCAGCUGAAUAUUGAAGGGAGUUGAUGUUUUAGUAUUGAACUGACUUAACUGCAAGUUAAAGUCUUCAAGAAAAAUACAAUAUGUAAAGUAAGAAUGAGAUGUAACUCUGUCUAUUCAUUUGAAUUAAUCUGAAUGCAACUACCAGUUUAACAUUUACUCCUGGUUGUAAGACUGACUUGACAUCAGUCAAGAUACAAAUUUGAACUCUUUAUACUUCUCUAUACUCCAUUUUACUGUAUAGUAUAUUGUGUUAAAAUUGCACUGUUAAAGGUAGGAUCCAGAAAAAAAAUAUUGUAAAUAGAAAAAUAAAACUACUUUAAAAAAAAAAUAAUACAUGUAUUGGAGUGUUUUUUGUUACUUUUUUUUAUCAGAAGACAUUAGAUCACUCACCUGAGCAUUACAGGCCACAUGACAAAACUAUAAGCAUGUAUCAUGUUGCUGUGAUUUUUUUUUUUUUAAUAAAGGGGGCUGAAUUAUGGAAUUGC